UGGUGGCGCACCGCCUUCGUCCAAGGCCUGAGAAAAGUCUGCGGUGGUGGUGGCUCUGAUGUUUUGACCGCAGAGCUUUUCUUUCUUUCUCUCUCUCUCUCUCUCUCUCUCUCUCUCUCUCUCUCUCUCUCUCUCUCUUACUCUCUCUCCCUUUCUGAGCCCUCAGAUGAGGUUCAUUGCUACGCCUCAGUCACGUGGCUGUCCUCAGCGAAGGCUUUGCUUUCUGCGGCUUCUCAGCGCAGCCAGCGAUGUUGAGGCUGAGAUGUGAGAUGCAACUCAGAGGGGCCCGCUCAUAGAGGCAAAGUUAUGGCACGGACAUCCUCGGAGAAAAAGGUCCCGCAGCAUUUCUCCUCUGCCAAUAAGUCCCUUGCAGGGGACGCGCACGCCUUUCUGGGACGCACAACACCGGAGCGAGAAAACACCAAAUUACGCAUCAUAUUAGACUAAUUAAAUUCAGGACAGAAGCACGUCGAGGAGAGAAGGGGAUUUCAGCAGUGUUGAGUUGAGUGAGGGGGCACAAUGCAACAGGCCUGUGAAGUGAAGAUAACAACUGGCUCACGGCUACACACGGUGUAAAGCUAAUCUUGAUGCAGCCAUAGUUCCAAGUGCCCUUCAACCAACCUGAGGAUGACACUCAGAGAAUAGGUCCUCUGACUUCGUUCUUCACCUCCAGAGCCUUCAGGCAUACUACCAAAACAGUGUAACAGAUUGAUCGAACAGGACAUAGAGUGAUGAUUAAUAAGCUUUAGAGUGAAACCAAGGCAGCCAUGAACCUGUUCAGGAAGGAUGCCAUGAGCACAAAGAAGGAGAAGGAGAAAGAGAUCCAGUAUGAGGACCCUCCAGAUGGAGGCUGGGGCUGGAUGGUGGUGCUACAUUGUUUCCUGGUAAAUGUCCUAGUGAUGGGAACACUGAAGAGCUUUGGGAUCUUCUUUGUGGCCUUCCAAGAUGAGUUUGGAGGCUCAGCAGAGAGCAUCAGCUGGAUCGGUUCCAUCAUGUCGAGUUUGCGCCUGUCUGGAGCACCCAUUGCCUCUGUGGCCUGUGCCAAGCUAGGAACCAGGGUGACCUCCAUUGCUGGGGCAGUGCUGGUCAGCGGAGGCUUCCUCAUAAGUAUUUUUGCAAACAGCGUGGUUUUCCUCUACAUCAGCAUGGGAGUGAUAGUCGGAAUGGGUUUCGCACUAUUAUACCAAUCCUUCUCAGUGGUCACAGCCCUGUACUUUCGAAAGAGGUUAGCAACAGCGUAUGCAAUCGGGCGUUCCGGGAUGGGUUUGACCUUUGCCCUCGCCCCAUUCACUCAGCUGCUCCUGGACCAGUAUGCCUGGCAAGGGGCAAUGCUGAUUCUUGGUGGUCUCAUGCUGAAUCUGGUGGCCUCUGGGAUGCUUCUGCGACCCAUCAACGUGAAGCCUCCCGUGUCAAACGCUACCUCUUCUCCCAUCCAAAAGAGCCCUGCUGUUUCCCUCAAGAGCUCCUCAGAGAAGGAAUACGCUAAGAGCUGUUUGAAUGGCUCCUCUCACUUAUCCAAUGGCAUCUCCAAAUCAGACUCAUUCCCAUCCCCUCCCCCCCCUCACAGGGACACUGAGAACCUGGGGGGCCAAUGUACUCAGGGACCCCAGGACCAGUCAGUGAACCCUGAACUGACCAGACUGGUCCUCAAUGGUGUGAAUGGCCAGGAGCCUCACCAUGACUCGGGUCAGUGUAAACCCACAGCUGCAGACAGCUCAGCGGAGCUGAAUGGCAGCAUGAAUGGGUCCACCAUUGUUGGAUUUCCCUCACAUGCCAGCACACCCAAUGAGGUGACCGUCAGAAAAGCCAAAGUACUGGAUUUCUCCCUGCUAAAGGACCCAUUCUUUUGCAUCUACACUUGGUCCUUGGUCUUCAGCCAGCUGGCCUACUUCAUCCCCUAUUUCCACCUGUCUGCCCGAGCCAGAACCCUGGGCAUCGAUGCCAUGGAUGCUUCAUUUAUCAUCUCUGUGGCAGGUAUCACAGAGACUAUCGCACAGCUGGCUUCGGGCUGGGUGACAGACAGGAACCUGUUUCAUAAAUACCACUACCACAAAGCCUACCUGAUCCUCUGUGGCCUGGUCAACCUGCUCUCCCCACUGGCAACCUCCUACAUCCUGCUGAUGGUUUACGCCAUCUUCUUUGCCAUCUUCUGUGGCGGUUACAUGGCUCUGCUGCUGCCUGUUUUAGUAGAUCUCGUGGGGUCGGAGAAACUCAACAACUCCAUGGGCUUCUCCAUGUUCUUUGUUGGCCUGGGUUGCCUCACAGGGCCUCCUUUGGCAGGGUUCCUGUAUGACUACACUCAGACUUAUGACUGUUCUUUCUACCUGGCUGGGCUCUGCUAUCUGCUCUCCUCGCUCUCCCUGUUCAUGGAGCCGCUGGCUCAGCGCUGGAAGGCCAAGAGGAAAUUGGCUCAGGCCAAGAGAGCGGAAAGCAGCUGUAAGACCAACGGCUGUUUCACCCCCGACCGCCUGCAGAACGGCGCUGUGUAGGAAUGAAACCCAGGGAAGGCCUUCGAUCUUGAACCAGCAUGCUCAUGACUUGCCGUGGGCCUGCAUACCUUGGACCUUGGACUCCUGCUUAAAAUCAGGACCUGUGACCCUUAAUUUCUGCAGAAGUGUAACAUAGACCCAGGGAGAAGAAGAAUAUGGCCACAGUAACAUGAUGUCUAAGAACAUACAGUAGUCGGGGAAGUUGGUGAAUAGAUGAUUAUGUCAAACGCAUAAGAAGCCAAAAUUUUAGUGUUCUGCAAAAUAUUUUAUCCCCUAUUAUUGUUCUUAUCGGAGGUACAUGCAUCAAAACCGAAGACGAUACCCUACAUACCACAUGCAGCACAUUUUAAUAUUAGCAGCUUUGUAGCCAUAACUUAUUGAAACUUAAUCUAAUUCUGUUUUCCAAUGCAACAACAACAAAACAACAACAACAACAACAAAAAACUCUCAUCUUUGCAAUAACAUUUAAUUGCUGGAAACUAAGCUAUGCAGUUGAACUCAAAAUCCCGUCUUCAACUACUUUUUCUGUGAAAACAUUAAUGGAAGCACAUAUCCAUGAAGGAAUGCUUAACACCUGAUUUACUUGGAAGCCUUUGCCUGUAUCUGUAAACCUGAACUCACUGAUAUGCACUUUGGGCCAAGUUGUGAUUAUGCUGCAUGACAUUUCCUCUGACCUUUAACUGCCAGAUAGUUAAGAUACUGAGCAACCACACAAUUUGCUGCCUGCCUUUAUGACACAAUGUGUAAUUUUCUCUACAGAGCCAAAAAGCAGUAAUUGCUUCAGUAGUUUGACAGAGGAAAAUGUGUAUCUCGGGCCCCGACCAGAUUAUUGUAGGCACAGGGGUAGAUUGUAUGGCAUGUCCUAGAAUUUAGCGGUAUAACCAGUGUGCUCAUUUUCAGCGAUACACACUCGUAUUCUUGUAUUUAUAUCUUUAUUGUUUAUAUUCUGGGCGCUUUUUUUGUCUGCCAACUACUUCAGCAUACUUUCACACAGACACACCAUUCAAAUUCUGGUUGGAUCUUUCUUCCUACUUUUUUUCUCAUUGAAAUUAACAGGAAUAUUUUGAACAUGAAUUUCAUCUUUAAACAUUUGAUGUUCCUGCUCGUUCAUACUUUCACCUGAUUGUUACACUUUGUGCUUUAUCACAUUAGUUCAGCUCUUUCAUACCUCUAUUUUUUUUCUGGAAUUUGAAAUUUUAUGCUUUUUUCAGAUUUUUUUUAAGAAAUUUUAAUGGCUGGUGACACUGACCUCUGCCAAUGGAGUAUUCAAGGGAAGUGGGAACAUAAAUUGACCCUUCAAUUUCUUUCACUGCUUUCACAUCAGUUAACUUUUUUACACUUUUUAUACCCUUUACAUGUAAGUUCAACAACUUUUGGUGUCCGUGCUAACAUACAAACUGAUAAUUCAGCUGCUUUCAGUGCACACACACAAACUGUCUCCCGCACAUCCAAUUUAGCUGAAAUUUGAACCACUUAAAUUCACCAGACAGUUUAGCUGUCCUAGCUGACUGGGACAGGCUCGAGGCGGGGUACACUCUGGACUGGUCACCAGUCAAUCAUAGUAAACUAACAUUUAGACCAACCAACUUUUCAACUAUUAAUUUUAACAAUUUUAACUGACACUUAGUUGUUGCCACUGCUCACAUAGCAAUGGACACCUCAACUUUCUGCAGUGCACUCACUGCAAACAUCUCAUGAGGAUUUCAUGAUUUACAGCUAAACUGACACUUCAGCUUUCAUUUGUCAAAUGACAGUUCAACUGUUUGCAUCUCUCUCAACUGACAUUUCAGUUGCUUUCAUGGCCUAGACAUCGACUAAAACCACAGCGGCUUUCAUUUCUUAUUCUUCGGCUGCUUUCAGCAUUUACUAAAGAGUAAAUGUCAUCGUCAGUUUAACUACUUUCAGUGACUACACACAAACCAACAACUCAGCUACCUACCCUGAACAAACUCAGAAAUGAUGUUUGAAGUGCUUUCACACUUCAACUGACAUCUCAGCUCCUUUUAGUGCUUCAACUUCAACCAACUCUUCAACUCCUUUAAUCACAUUUUAAUACAUUUUAACAGCUGUUGCUCCUGCAAUUUUCUGUACAAGUGAGAGCACUUAAUUUUCUUCAGAAAUGUUGAUACUGGUUUUAAAGGAAAGGCUCAGUUGUGACCUUAAAAAUACUGCAAGCUAGAAACUGCCUUUCUCCUUCUGUGGGUCAGUAAUGAUGUCACACAUUUAAAAAGCUUAGUGACAUUAUCCUUUACUGGCAGCACCUGCUAAUAAGAAAACCUUCACACCUGUCUCAUCACUUGUGAGCUGUUCUAUGUAAGCGCACACAGAUUUUCCUUUGACAGCUCGCCUGCACGCACAAUCCUUUUAACAGUAGCCAAGAUGCCAGCUCCUGAAAGAAGAACUCUGAUUGGUCGAGGUUUAAGUGUUUUUGAUGUUUCCUGAAUAUUUUGAUCGCAGUUGGCCCGGGUGGGGAUGAAGCUGAUGAGUUCCACUGAACAGCAGGGUUUUCUGUAUGAUUGUGUCAUUUUAUCAACCUUGUAUGUCUUUAAAUCUCUGACCAACUGUGUUACAAAGAUGUUUUGCUGAUGUUGCCCAUAUAAUUGCACGGUGCCCCAAACUGACUGUUGCCCAGCCUUUACAGUGCCUGCAGGCAGCCAAUUAAUGGCAAUGCAACUUAUAAUUUUAUUGUGUUUAUACAUGGGAGUCUAUUGGUUGUUGAAUCUUUUUUUUUUUAUAUAUAUAUAUUAGAGAUUUUUAUGUUUUCAGUGGAUUCCUUGUUUUUCACCACUGUUUGCCUUACAAGGUACUGUAUUGUAUCUUUACUAACUUCCUGUGAUGUCAGCCAAAGACACAUUAGAAACCUACCUACAACUUGAAGAUAAAGUUAAACUUAGUUAAUAUAGUGGACAGAGUAUAUGAUUUAAACCACUAUGACCUUCCAUUAUUCGAUCAUUUCCAAGUCUUGAUUGAACACGGCACAGAAACGGACAUGUGUUUUGUUACGCUGCCCUCUCCUGGCAGAAGAAAGCAUCUGCUCAAAGAAUGCUGUCUCAAUUAGUACCACAUUAUUCCCCCUCAACUCACUUUCACAAUACUGAGCAAGGCUCUUUGUAUUGUUUCAAUAACGACAGUCAUGCACAAAGGCUCUUUUGGCUCACGAGUUGCAUUCACCAACACCAUGCUUUUGCAAUUUAGGGCCACUGAAUAUUUUGUACCAUAAUAAAUCUUUUAUGAAAAAUAUUUGAUGCUUUAAAAGUAGAUUUAGUUUGGGAUUAUUUUACUUUUUAGUUAUCUGGAUCUUUUAAGGAACUGUAUGUUUGAGCAAUAUCUUGAAAUACUUUAUAUGUUUCUUUGGUAAUGUUUCAAACACUGAUCUUAUGUUCUUGUUGCAGAAAAUACAUUUAUGGGGUGAAGCACUGUUUUGUCACUACUCUCGCUCCUGGAGAUGUUAACUGAUCGAAUAUAGAAAAUAUGCUUAACCAAUCAUAGAUAUCCUGUUCCAAGCUCAUAGAGUUCAUUUUAAGCCUUGUAACUUUGCGCACUCAGGUAUAAUAAACUGACGUGUGACUCAGUCUGUC